AUGUCGAAGAACGAGUACUUUAACUCUCCCGAAGGGCCACCGCCAAACUUCCAGCAGAGCCAGCAACAGAACUCCAGCUACGUGCCCCAAGCGCAGCCCUCCUACAACAACCAGACGCAAGACCGUGGCAUGUUCAGCAGCAACCAACCUCACUACCAGCAGGGCUACGGCCAAGGUCCUCCUCCGAACGCGUACUACCAGCACCAACCGCAAUACGGGGGCGGCGGCCACUAUUACCCGCAGCAGCAACAACCGAUGUAUGUCCAGCAGCAGAGAACCGAUAAUAACAACGACUGCUUGAUGGCUUGUUUGGCUGCCAUGUGUAUCUGCUGCACCUUGGAUAUGAUUUUCUAG